GCAGAUACACAGAGUAAAUGGUAGAUUCAGGGCCAGCAGAACUAGGAGGGAGUCGCUCUCAAAAUCCGGCUUCAUCCUUUUUUAAACAGACUAUUUUCAGGUCGAAAUUUACCGGAGCAUAAAGUUCACACUUUACUCUUUUUAACGAGCCUAAUAUUUUGAUGGUUACCGAUUCGGAAUGUUAGAAAACGACUGGUGAAAAUUGGGUAGCUACUGUGAAGGGAAUUAGCAAGCUAGCUGGCUGUAUAAGGGGAUUCUGGCUGGGAGAGAAAGAAGAAUAGACGGAUAACAAAGACGGGAUUUCCGCUGUUUUUACUGAACACUCCGAACACACAUCGUUUAAAUAAUUCCAAUUGAAGCUAGCUUAAUCGCUAGCUUUCUCGUUUAGCCAUUUAUCAUGGAAUUGAGAGUAGGAAACCGAUACAGACUGGGAAGGAAAAUUGGCUCUGGAUCAUUUGGUGACAUUUAUUUGGGCACAGACAUCUCCGUGGGGGAAGAAGUAGCCAUCAAACUAGAAUGUGUGAAAACGAAGCACCCGCAGCUGCACAUCGAGAGCAAGAUCUACAAGAUGAUGCAAGGAGGCGUUGGUAUCCCAACAAUCAAAUGGUGUGGAGCAGAGGGAGAUUACAACGUGAUGGUGAUGGAGCUUCUCGGCCCCAGUUUGGAGGAUCUCUUCAACUUUUGUUCUCGCAAGUUCAGCCUAAAGACUGUUCUUCUGCUGGCUGACCAGAUGAUCAGCCGUAUUGAAUACAUCCACUCCAAGAACUUCAUCCACAGAGAUGUCAAGCCUGAUAACUUCCUUAUGGGCCUUGGGAAGAAGGGCAACCUUGUUUACAUCAUUGACUUUGGCCUGGCCAAGAAGUACAGAGAUGCUCGCACCCACCAGCACAUCCCUUACCGCGAGAACAAAAACCUGACUGGCACUGCUCGCUACGCUUCCAUCAACACCCACUUGGGAAUAGAGCAGUCCAGGCGAGAUGACUUGGAGUCUCUUGGCUAUGUGCUCAUGUACUUCAACCUGGGCUCUCUGCCAUGGCAGGGUUUGAAAGCUGCCACAAAGAGACAGAAGUACGAGCGAAUCAGCGAGAAGAAAAUGUCCACUCCUAUUGAAGUCCUGUGCAAGGGAUACCCAUCCGAGUUUGCAACAUACCUCAACUUUUGCCGCUCCCUUCGUUUUGAUGACAAGCCAGACUACUCUUACCUGAGACAACUUUUCAGGAAUCUUUUUCACCGACAAGGCUUUUCAUAUGACUACGUGUUUGACUGGAAUAUGCUCAAAUUUGGUGCAAACAGAGCUGCAGAAGAUCCGGAGAGAGAGCGGAGGGAUCGUGAGGAAAGGUUACGGCAUGGGCGAAAUCCUGCUGCCCGUGGCAUGAUGCCUUCUAGCUCAGGUAGACCCAGAGGAACACAAGAAGUAGCACCUCCCCCACCCCUCACGCCAACCUCACACACAGGAAUGGAGCGAGAGAGGAAGGUCAGUAUGAGAUUGCACCGCGGAGCCCCUGUCAACAUUUCCUCCUCUGAUCUUACUGGCCGACAGGACGUCUCACGCAUAUCCACAUCACAGAAUAGCAUUCCCUAUGAACACCACGGCAAGUAGAUGCUCGCCAUGUUCUGGUAUGAGAGACAGCAUUGGGCUCUUUCUCGCGUCACCCCAAGUGGCCUGCAGUCUGCCGUACCUCGAUGAGACCCUCCACACGCCUCAAGAGCAGACCAUCCACGGCCCUGAUCUGCACAAGGACUCCUCCAGCAGCCUCUAACCAUGUGAAAUCAAAUCCAAGCAGACACUUCAUUUCCUCCUUCCUCUCAAUGCAAUUAAACAACACUUGAGAGUCACGCAAAACUCCAGAGAUGAACUGUUUUUGGUUUUCUGUUCUUCUUUUUUGCACACACACACAUGCACGCACACACAUUUCCUCACCUACACUACUUAAAAUGACACCCGGGCACAUGACUCUCUGCCAGUCAAUUGCUGGCAAGAUAGGAGGGACGGGAUGGGAAAGGGCGUGAUUUUUCGACCGACGCUGCCUUUGGCCCUCUGAAACACACACAUAUUACAGGAGGAGAGGGCCGUUCUCCUGCCGUCCAGGGGCCGUUCACGAAGCAGAGUGUUUUGGCUAAAGCCAGCUCUGAUCGCGGGAUGUAUCCUCUCUCCUGUUGCAAAAAAAAUAACUUUCACACAGCUUGGAAUGCAGCUGCACUGAUAGCCAUUGACGUUUUGCUUUGCGUAACCUUUUAUUUUUGUCUUUAAGUUGAUGUACAACAGAGAUUAAAUUGAUUUCACACUGGCUACAGUCUUUUGCAGGUGAAUCUUCUCUUUUUUUUUGUUGUUAGUUUAAGCUUAACAGGCAGAAUUAAAUGGAAAGCCUGUUCGUUCGUGAGGCAGAAUGACGGCGGUGUCUUAUGUCUUUUCGUAGUUUCUUAUUUCGAAGUGCAGGCAGAGAAACAAUACAGCAAAUGGUUUUAGUUGUACACACAGUAUCACCUUUUGUUUUGUUUUGGCAGCAAACAGCCAGGCCCUCUCUAUAUCAUCUCGCUUCUAGAUUUUAUUGCAUUCCCUUUAUGCGUUUUUGUUUGUCGAAAGCUGUGAGAUGCCUGUAUUGUAGAGUUGUUGAUGUUAUUAUUGUUUCUUUUUAACCCCUGAACUAAGCUUUUACAGUAACACAGAUACACUUGGUUGAGUCCAUGCUGUUGGACGGUGUUGUUUAAAGCAGUUGCGGAAGUCUAAUAAUGGCGAAAAGGGCUUCGUUUUUCUGGCCUGAGGGUAUAAGCGUAAAGGCUCGGGCAUGUUGAGACAAACUGGCACCUUUUUCUCUUUUAUUUCCUCUUUGUUACGCAAACAAAUGUUUGUUUGGAUUUGGAAGUCCAGCUUGUCUCAUUGAGAGAACACCAGCCAUCAUUUAAGCCAUGCCUGAUUUUUGAUUCGUUUUUUUUUUUUGUCUGACACUUUUAACUAUUGAGAUGCAAGGUAUUUUGUUUGUUUGUUUGUUUGUUUUCCUUUAACUUUAUUUACCGAGUAUUACCAAUGCUUUUAGUACAACUUUUCCCUUGUUUCAGAAGUGUGGUUCUUUGACUUACUGGUGCUAUAAGUCACAGAGGAUGUGGAAGGCGAGCUGCCUGUCCGUAUCAUUCAGCAUAGUAGAGCGUAGGCUUUUUCUGUAGUCAUGGGGGUCUGGGGCGGGGGGGUCUAGUGGUGAAAAUCUUCAAUUCUGUUGUCAUGUAUAUAGGAUGUUUCUAGUGAUGGCAAAGUACCAUUUUUUCAUAGCCACUUGUCUGUGUGUGUGUGUGUGUAUCGUGAGUAUGGGGAAAAGGUUAGAGCUUAGAGAGGUGCGAGGGACUUUGUUCCGUUCUAGAUUUGAUAAGUUAGUACUUCUUUCUCUCCACUGGUGGUCUCACAGAAACAGCCGCUCCAGUACUGGUGGUGUUUAAAUGUAGGCACAAGUACACUUUGUCGGGGAUCGAGCUAUUAUGGAUUUCUCUUUCAUUUUUCUGGUUCAUUCUACACGCGACUGCUUGGCCAGUCCUUCUGCAUCACACUGUGCUGUAUCAGGUGGAAUUAAGGAAAUCUUCCUUCUCUGGAAGAUUUUAUUUCCUCAUUUGUAUUGCCACUGUAUUUGUGUAUUUUAAAAUGUGUAAAUAAAUUAAUAAGUACUUGUAA